AUGGCGGGCUCUGACCUCCUGUGGCUGGCCUUGGCCUCCUGCAUUCUGACCCUGGCAUCUGCGGAGCAGCAAGGUUACCCUACUGAACCCAGUUCCUAUGGGCUGGACUUGGAGUGCGAAGCCAUUGGCACCUCGGAGUCCCAACUCUGUUUUGACCCCUGCCAGAAUUACACCAGCCUGGAUGAACCCUUCCGAAGCACAGAGAACUCAGAAGACAACCAGGGGUGUGACGAGGACUUGCACGGCUGGUACCGCUUUGAGGGUGAAGGAGGAGUGAGGUUGUCGGAGACCUGUGUCCCAACGUACCGGUGCCAGGCGGCUGCUCCCCUGUGGCUGAAUGGGACCCACCCCACCCUCGGAGAUGGCAUUGUCAGCCGCACUGCUUGUGCCCACUGGAGUGGCAACUGCUGUCUCUGGAAGACCGAGGUGCUGGUGAAGGCCUGCUCGGGUGGGUACCAUGUGUACUGGUUGGAUGGCACCCCCAGCUGUGAUCUGAGAUACUGUACAGACCCCUCCACUGUGGAGGACAAAUGUGAGGAGGCUUGCCGCCCUGAGGAGGAGUGCCUCGCUGUCGACGGCAUCUGGGGCUGUUUCUGCAAACAGGACCUCAAUGGCUCUGAUGUCUACAGUCUACAGCCUCAGCUGGAAUGUGGGCCCACGGAGAUGAAGGUGAAGGUGGACAAGUGUUUGCUGGGAGGCCUGGGUUUGGGGGAGGAUCCCAUUGCCUAUCUGCGGGACUGGAACUGCAGCACCAUCAUGCAAGAAGAGGAGAGCAACUGGAUUUCUGUGACCAGCCCCGUCCAGGCUAGUGCCUGCGGGACCACUCUGGAAAGAAAUCAAACCCAUGCCAUCUAUAAAAACACCCUCUUCUUGGCCAAUGAUUUCAUCAUCAGAGACAUCCUCCUCAGCAUCGACUUCCAAUGUGCCUACCCACUGGACAUGAAAGUCAGCCUCCAAACUGCCCUGCAGCCCAUCGUAAGUUCCCUGAACAUCAGUGUGGGUGGGGAGGGAGAGUUCACUGUCAGCAUGGCUCUCUUCGAAGACGAGAACUACACGUAUCCUUACGAAGGGGCUAUGGCUGUGCUGUCAGUUGAAUCCAUGCUCUAUGUGGGCGCCAUCCUGGAGAAGGGGGACACCUCCCGGUUUAACCUGUUGCUGAGGAACUGCUAUGCCACCCCCACUGAAGACAAGGCUGACCCUGUGAAGUAUUUCAUCAUCAGAAACAGCUGCCCAAAUCAACAUGAUUCCACUAUCAACGUGGAGGAGAAUGGGGUGUCCUCAGAAAGCCGGUUCUCAGUACAGAUGUUCAUGUUUGCUGGAAAUUAUGACCUAGUUUUCCUGCAUUGUGAGAUUCAUCUCUGUGAUUCCCUCAAUGAACAGUGCCUGCCGUCUUGCUCAGGAAGUCAAGUCCGCAGUGAAGUACUGGCCAUCAACCUAGCCCAGGUUCUAGAUCUGGGACCCAUUACUCGGAGAGGUGCCCAGUCUCUUGAUGUCAUGAAUGGAACCCCCAGCACUGCAGGGUUCCUGGUGGCCUGGCCCAUGCUCCUUCUGCCUGUCCUCCUGGCCUGGCUGUUCUGA